AUGGAGCUCCAGAUCCCCACCGUCUCGGUGGAUGACCUCCGUCAGUUCCAUGCGAAGCAUUUCCCUCACGCGCCUAUUCCCGAACACUAUCUUCAUGGCAUGGAUCAUGAAGCUCAGGAGCAAUCCCACGAUGACGGCGACGAUGGCCUCGGCUAUUACGACGACGGCGUGAAGCGCACACUCACCGACGAAGAGAUCGCCAUCUUCCGACAUUCCGAGAUACAGCGCAUCCUCCUUGAACGGAGGCGGCUAAAAGAAGCUGGAGAGCCAAUAUUUGGCACUCAUAGUCCGCAGGUUUUUAUGGAGGACGCACCAUCGCUACCCGAUGCUGCAUCCGCGCGCGCAGCCAGCCCAACCUCUGACCAAAGCACACCUAUGUCUAUUAGCUCUGACGACGAGCAAAGUCAAGCUACACCAGUGGAGCAACCGCAGCAGAAGUGGGCGGUCACCAGUGAGAAGACUCGUACUAGAAACGCGAAAAACAGGAAGAAGAAUAGGAAGAACCACCGGGAAAGGAAAAAAGAGGAACGCAAGAGGCAAGAAAGAGAAGCGAAAGAAGCUAAACGCAGAGCAGAACAACAGGAACAGGAUGACGAGAGCGACGAAUGGGAUCCAUGGCACCAGGCGAAUGGGCCGGAUGCUCAGAAAGAAGAUGCAGUUGAUUUGGACUAUUGA